GCACAGAAGAAGGGCCAAAAGGUGACCAAGAAGUUCAUCAUCAACGCCACCCAGCCCACCCAAGACCGCAUCUUCGACCCUUCCGCUUUCGCGACUUUCCUCCAGCAACGCAUCAAGGUUGAGGGCCGCACCGGUAACCUUGGCGACAACAUCACUGUCUCCAACCUCGGUGAUGGACGAAUUGAAGUUGUGGCUCACCAGGAGCUUUCGGGUCGUUACUUGAAGUACUUGACGAAGAAGUUCCUCAAGAAGCAGCAGCUGCGCGAUUGGCUUCGUGUUGUCAGCACGGCCAAGGGAGAGUACAGCCUCAAGUUCUUCAACGUUGUUGGAGAUGAGGCUGAGGAUGAUGACGAGUAG